GAAGGUCAUUUAAAGGAUAUUGAUCCAGAAGUUGAUCAAAUUAUUAAAGAUGAGGUUGAUAGACAAAAACAUUCAAUUGUUUUAAUUGCUAGUGAAAAUUUCACCACUACUUCAGUUUUCGAUGCUUUGGGAACUCCAAUGAGUAACAAGUACUCUGAGGGUUAUCCUGGUGCUAGAUACUACGGUGGUAAUGAACAUAUUGACAGAAUGGAAACUUUGUGUCAACAAAGAGCUUUAAAAGCAUUCCAUUUAACUCCAGAUAAAUGGGGGGUUAAUGUGCAAACUUUGAGUGGAUCACCAGCUAACUUACAAGUUUAUCAAGCUAUUAUGAAACCUCAUGAUAGAUUAAUGGGGUUGGAUUUACCUCAUGGGGGCCAUUUAUCUCAUGGUUAUCAAACUGAUCUGAGAAAAAUUAGUGCUGUUUCCACGUAUUUUGAAACUAUGCCAUACAGGGUUGAUUUGGAGACUGGAUUGAUUGACUAUGAUAUGUUGGAGAAAACCGCUGUUUUGUACAGACCUAAAGUUUUGGUUGCUGGUACUAGUGCUUAUUGUAGAUUGAUCGACUACAAAAGAAUGAGAGAAAUCGCUGAUAAAGUCGGUGCUUAUCUUGUUGUUGAUAUGGCUCAUAUUUCCGGUUUGAUUGCUGCCGGAGUUAUUCCAUCUCCAUUUGAAUAUGCUGAUAUUGUCACCACCACUACUCACAAAUCAUUGAGAGGACCAAGAGGUGCUAUGAUUUUCUUUAGAAGAGGUGUCAGAUCAGUUAACCCCAAGACGGGACAAGAAAUCUUGUACGAUUUGGAAAAUCCAAUUAAUUUCUCGGUUUUCCCUGGUCAUCAAGGUGGUCCACAUAAUCACACUAUUGCCGCUUUAGCAACUGCUUUGAAACAAGCUGAUACUCAAGAAUUCAAAGAUUAUCAACAACAAGUUGUUAAAAACGCCAAAGCUUUGGAAGAACAAUUUAAAGCUAAAGGAUAUAAAUUAGUUUCUGAUGGUACUGACUCCCAUAUGGUUCUUGUUUCAUUAAAAGACAAACAAAUUGAUGGUGCCAGAAUUGAAACUGUUUGUGAAAGAAUCAAUAUUGCGUUGAACAAGAAUUCUAUUCCUGGUGAUAAAUCAGCUUUGGUUCCAGGUGGAGUUAGAAUUGGUGCACCAGCAAUGACAACUAGAGGCUUGGGUGAAGAAGAUUUCAAGAGAAUUGUUGAUUAUAUUGAUUUUGCUGUAAAAUAUGCUAAAGAAAUUCAAGCUAAUUUACCUAAGGAUGCCAAUAAAUUGAAGGAUUUUAAAAAUAAAGUAUUGAACGGACAAGAUGAGAAAUUGGAUGCUGUUAAGGCUGAAAUUUCCGAAUGGGCAGGUUCAUUCCCAUUGGCUGUUUAG